AUGGAUGCGCCACGAAAUUCCAUGGACUCUAAGGCGCGCAUGCGAGCCUCCUCGCCGUCGCCAUCUAUCCCAGCAACACCAGCGAUAUCCUCAUAUUCCUCUCCAGAUCGCACAUUUUCCUCCGAAUCUUCCCGCUCUGCCUCCUCCGCCACCUCUGCAGAUGCAAGAUCGUCCGUGUCAACAUCUUCUCGCCGCCAUGGAUAUACCCGUGCAUUGGGGGCCGAGUUCUCGGACUCUGCCCGCCACCGCGACAGCGUCAUGAGCCUCGGCAGUAUCGCCCACCUACAAUACUAUUUUGCCCGGACGGGCUUACUGGACGGGAAGAGCGGGAGGGGCCGUGAGUGGGAAAAGGACAAGAAAAACAAAAAUAAUGUGCCCCGGGUCCUGAUCACCCCCAAUCAACGACACAUAAAUGAUGACCUGGUCGCGAGCCCGACAGAUAUGGCAGAUCCGGAGGGUGAAUACGAAGAUGAAGACGCCGAGGUGAUGCUGCCGCCUACAGUCAGCACAUACAGCAUCAAAACGCAUCACAUUCCCCCUCCGCCAGAUCUAAUUUUCUUGCGCCGGCAGCUGACGCUCGCGCUGGAUAAGGCAGAGACUAAUAUUGAGGCAAUUGAAAAUGGCGCGGAGCCCCCUCCUCGCCCAAUCCUCCGGUCGAGUCUUUCCCCGGGUGAUAUCCCUGAAGAUGAUCCAUCCGGGCAAGUCCCGACCCCGAUGAAUAAGGAGGAAGCGCAGGGCAUGUGCAUCCUGGACGAUGUUACGAAUGCAAUCCGCGCAGCCAAAAUCUAUUAUACCACCCAUGAGAAGCCAGAGCGCCUAGCAACAAUAAAGAGUGAACGGGAAAUCCGCAAGGAACUUUUUGACGUCCUGGAAGUUUUGAAGCGGUGGGCUGCGCGGCAUUUUGCCAGCGGCCUGCGUGAGGAGGAACGUGGGCGAAUUCAGGGGUGGAUCGCGGCCGUGCGUACCAUGCUGGUCCGCGAGAAAGCGCUGGAAGACCUUGAAGCCCAAGAGCGAGAGAACUGGGAUUGGGCUGCUGGCGAUUGGAGAGGUCGUGAGCGCUCACGCGAGGAAUCCUUCCUACGAAGCUUAUUGCCUGGCGGUGACUCCUUGCCGACCUGGACACCCGUUGAGGAGGCUCCCGAGGAUUCCCUUCCCACCGCGUUUCUUGAUAGAUUCCGGGACGGACGUGCCUUGGUCCAGUUACACAACCUUGCGAUCAAGAAGUCGAAACGCCAAUUUGGGGAGAUUACGGCUUACCACCUGGAUAUUGCCAAGCCAUACCGGCAGACUGAGAAUCUUCAGUUCUGGGUAAAAGCUGCACAACUCCGGUGGGAGCUCAAGUUGGAUGUGGAUGUUAUGGGUGUUGUACAGAAUAGUGGCAUUGCCGCCUGGAAGCAGUUCGAUACUGCACUGCUGGCUUGGUGUAAAACUGUUCGUGAAGAGUUGGUGCGCGAUUGGCAGGCGGCUAACCCUGGGCGACCCCCAAGUGCUGGGCUGAUUUGA